AUGAGGGUCUCGCAGGGGGAGUCUGAAUUUGCAGCAGGCAAUGCACGAUGGACAAACCGUGAUCUCGACCCGAUUGCCAAAGAUGACCGUAAAUGGGGCAUAUCCAGUAUAAUAGCUUACUGGAUCUCCGAUGCCUUGAACGCAGCGACCUGGCAAUUCGCCAGUAGUAUGAUUGCCGUCGGCUUCACCUAUCGUGAAGCUCUGGGCAUCGUCGCCUUAUCCUUCUUCAUUAUAUCAUUGGUCAUUGCUGCAAACGGUACUGUGGGUGCCAUAUAUCAUGUUCCAUUCCCCGUGAUUGCGCGUGCUAGCUGGGGCUUUUGGGGCUCAUAUAUCGCUAUCAUUUCACGAGUCAUCCUUGCCGUCUUCUGGUUUGCUAUCCAAAAUGUCAACGGUGGAAAUGCGGUUCGCGUCAUGAUUGGAGCAAUAUGGCCAAGCUAUUUGGUUCUUCCGAAUGGUAUUCCUGAGUCACAGGGAAUCACGACCGGUGGUAUGGUUGGGUUUCUGAUCUUCUGGUUGAUCCAGGUCCCGUUCCUAUGCAUGCAUCCAAACAAUCUGCGCAGGUUAUUUACGGUCAAAUCGAUUCUGGUUCCCAUCGCUUGGAUCGCUAUCUUGAUAUGGUCAUUUGUCACUGUGAAAGGCGGUGGUGGCGUAUUCGCACAGCAGGCUCCAACCGUCUCCGGGUCCAAGUAUAGCUGGCUGUUCUUGGCCAAUAUGACAUCGGUCCUAGGGGUGUAUGCAACGUUAUCUGUGAAUCAGUCUGACUUCUCCCGCUACUCCCGGAUCAGUCCCCGCUGGCAGCUCCUUUAUAUCCCCAUGCUACCUAUUGUAUUUACUUUCUUCGCCUUUAUUGGAAUUGCCUCCUCAUCCGCCGGGCAAGUCCACUAUAAUCUCUCGUCUAUUCCAUGGGAUCCAACGGUUUUGAUCAGCUACUGGCCCAACCGAGCGUGUCGUUUUUUCGGCGCAGCUUCCUUCGCACUGGCUUCCCUGGGCGUGAACAUCUCGGCCAAUUCCAUUUCAGCCGCUAACGAUUUCACCGCAUUAGCACCAAGGUAUAUCAAUAUCCGACGUGGGCAGAUCCUAUGCGCCUUGUUGUCGUGGUGUCUUGUCCCCUGGAAAAUCCUCGCAUCGGCAACCAACUUCCUUUCUUUUAUGUCUGCAUAUGCGAUCUUCCUCGGUCCUAUUGCUGCAAUUAUGAUGUUUGAUUUCUGGAUCGUCAACCGCCGUCGAUAUGACACCCUGGCUCUAUACCAGCCCGGCAACCCGACAUAUCGCUAUACAUUCUCUAUCCCGGGCUUCUCGGGCAAGAGUAUGUAUGGCAUAAACUGGCGCGCUGUGCUGUCUUUUAUUAUUGGUGUUGUGCCAAGUCUCCCUGGACUGAUCAAUUCUGUGAACUCUCAUAUCGAUGUCGGCUCCGGUGUACAUCCGUUUGAGUUUGGGUGGUUGUUGGGCUUUGUUGCCACAUCUAUUGCCUACGUGCUGUUGUCAUGGCUGCUUCCUGCGCAAGAGACUCGGAUUGACCGCGCUGUGCUGCCUGAUGAGAUAUAUGAUAGAGGCACGGUGGUCGAGGGAAUGAAAGCAGAUGACCCAGAUAGGAAGGACGUGGUUUCUGAUACACAGGAGAAACAUAUGGAUGUGGAAAAGGCUAUUUAG